AUGUUCCGCUUCCUCCUUAUUGCCACCGCCGUUGUUGCCUGCGCUUAUGCCGCACCUCAAUUUAGUAGCCCGGAUCAUUUGGCCACCAGCAGCCAUGUGCAGGAUAUUCGUCCUGAUGGCUCCUAUGAGUACAGAUACGAAACCUCCAACGGUAUUGCUGCUCAGGAAUCUGGUGUUGGUGGGCUUAUUGCCAAUGGUGGCUACAGCUAUUACGCCCCAGAUGGUCAGCUGAUCCAGGUCACCUAUACCGCCGAUGCCAAUGGCUUCCAUCCUCAGGGCGCUCAUCUGCCCGUUGGUCCAGCUAUUCCAGAGGCAAUCCUCAAGUCCUUGGAAUACAUCCGCACUCACCCACAAUAUGUCGACCAGCAGCAGCAGCAGCAAUUCAUCCAGCCCUCAACUCGCCAGCUGGCCCCCGCCCUCGGUUAG